UGAUUUGAAGUAGCUACAGGACUUGGACAGCUUCCCCUUCCUGUCACUUAUGUCUCCACAUAAGUCUGUGUCAAGACCUCAGUGCCGUGCCUUAAGAAGUUUCUCUCCUGCUCUCCUGCUUUUGUCUUUUCAGAUGGUCUUUGUGGCCUUCCUGAGGAAAAGGAAGAAAUUGAGGAUGUCCUGUGUAGUGAUGUGGAACAGAAAGUGGAGUCGAUUAGGAAAGAAGAGAACAGGCUCACUGAACAUGGGUGCAGGUUAAAAGCAGCCCAACAAGACAAUCUCAUCGGGUUUGAACCUGAGGAGGACAAAGAACAUCAGACUGCCAUGGGUCCACUGCCUCCGUUUGUACGGCGUAGAGGUCUCGGAAAACAGUGCUCUAUGGCACUCUACAGACAAGACCCACGUGACCCUGCAGAUCAGUUAGAGCCUCAGCCUGGCAUCAUCAGAGGCAGCCUUCCUCUGGAGCUUAGAGAGUGUCAGAAAGACGGAGUACUGGGCACCUUAAUAAUGGAUCCUGCUGGGGAAAUCAUAUGCUUGUCUUUCUGGGAUCCCUUAACUGACACGGAGGACCACCCAGCUCUGGAGCAUGCCAUGAGAGAACAUGUUGUCAGGGUUAUGACUUCUGAAGGGGUUUUGGAGGACUCAUGGACCAUCUUGGACCAACUAGAAGAGCAAGCUACACAAACAGGAGGACUGAAUGACAGAGAAGUGGAGGCUAAGCGAGGUCAGAAGAAACAAACCAGCACUAAGCGAAAGGAUAUACCUCAAUCUGCUGAAAAUAUCACAGUGGAUGAGAUGGCAGAAUGUUCUGGCACGAAUGGGAGCAGAGUUAGGAGGAAGGCACAGGCUUCUGUACGUGAGCAAAGAAUAGAAAAGACAAACAACUGUACAGAUAGUCAGCCCUAUAGCAGAGGGGAAGAUAUCAUACAACAAACAGGAGGAAGAACACAGAGGCCACAGCCUAAGGCAAGAGGGAGGGCUGGGUCACCACCUAGUUCUGGGUCUGUUAGCAGCACUCCAAAAACAGCUCUUUCCACCCCCACAGCUGCCGAUGAACUUAUUGAUAAAACAAAGCCACAAAGUCAGACAGAGUCAUUUAAAAAUACUGCCAAGUCCAGAAAAUCAGGUAAAUUCGACAAUGCAGACGACCCCCACAUAAGGAAUGUGAAGAAGCAAAAGUUUGAUCAGCAUGCCAGCAGAGUCCCAGUUAAUAAUUAUGCAGAGAUGAAGACUGUAGAAACAAAUGUGGACAAUGUGGACACAGAGUCACAAGACACCAGUUUUAAUGAAGAAGCAACUUUUGGUCCAAUACAUAAGAAAAAUAAAAAGGCAGGUGAUGAGAAAGCAAAGUCCACAGAGUCACAAAACACAGCAGAAAAAGUCAAAAAGAAGUCCAAAGUUCAAGCCGCAUUUGUUGUGGGUAAACCGAGGCAGUCACAGGAAGUACUGCAAAUUGAAAAGAGGAAAUAUAGCUCAGACAGACGUAAGAAGACAGUGUCCAACACACUGGUGAAUGAGUCAGAGGACAAAUCGGCAGACAAUUAUUCCUGUGGUUCUUCUGAAUACACUAUGGAUGACACGGAAAGCAGCCACACCUCAAAUGUCCAAAAGAGCUGUGAAGCUGGACACAGUCCGGAUAUUGAUCAGGAUUACAUCCAUCAGGAGAAGUGUGUAGAAGGACACAAUCUGGAGAGUGAGCAGACUGCUGUUUCCAGAGAAGAUGGUGGAGCUGGAGACAUUGAUACGGUCUCUGAUUUCCAAGAGAGUGACAUAUCUGCACUUUCUUCCAGAUCACACAGCUCUGCCAAGUCGUCCUCUACAAGCACCUGGAGCGUUCGGAGAACCAGUGUAUCAUCAGAUACUGGCAUGUGUAGCCCAGUACAACUUCCUCAUCUCUUCCCACGUGGUGGUGUCUCAACACACCAUCCUGCAUCCAACCCUGCCAAGUCUGAAUCAGCUUCUGAUGCUAUGAGCAGUGAAGAAGCCAUCAACCUGAGGGAAACCAGAGUGGCAGCAGCACUGGCCGCAAAGGCUGAACGUCGCCGCCUGGAGGCGGAGAGGAAGAGGAAGGAGAAAGAAGAGGAGAAAGAAGAGCAGAGAAAGAGACAGGAAAAGAAAGAGCAGACGGAAGAGAAAAUGAGGCUGGAGCUUGAGGAGGAGCAGAGACAGAGGGCACAGCAGGCCAGGCUGAGAAAGCUUAAAGAAGAAGAGGAGAGACAGAGAAAGGCAGAGAGAGAGAAGGAAGGACAGAGGAAUGAGCAGGCUGAGAUGGAGACGGAGAGGAGGAGACAAGAAGAAACAAGGAACAAGAAGCUAUAUCUAGAACGACUUCAGAAAGCGAGGCAUGAAGAGGAGAUGAGAAGAACAGUUGAGUUAAAGCUUCAGUAUGAGGAGGAGGAGGCUCGUAAGGAGGAGGAGUAUAGGAGAUUGCAGGAGAUGGAUGAGAGCGAAAGACUGGAGUAUUUACGCAGACGGCAGGAGGAAGAAGAAGAGAGGAGGAAGGUGGCAAAGGAGCGAAGACGAGCAGAAGAGGAAGCAGCCAUGAGGGAUGAAGAGUUUAAUAGGCAGAGGGCAGCACUGGAGCAAAAUCUCCAGUUCCACAGAGGACUUUUUGUGGAGACAGAGGGUCUGAAACAGAAGCAGAACAUCUCUCGUCCCUGGGUCUUCUCCUACUUCAGUCGGUUGAGCUUAGCAGACUGUAAGAUGUCUGAGGAGUAAAAUAAAGUUCAUCACACCAAUCUAUUUUGCUGCAAUUUAAAACUCCUCAUUCUUAUAUCACUCUCAGAACUGUACCCGACCUGAGAGAUGUUCCAGAUGACCAGAUUGAUCUUCUAGCUAUUUCUGUGUUACAGUCCAAAAAUGGAAGCUAAACUGAAUGAAAGACAGUAAUCAACUAUAGUUUCCAGGAAUGUAUUUUUUUAUUAUUAUUUUUUUUACAAUUCAUGUUCUGAGUGUUUUAAAUGUCACUGGUCACUAUUUGAAGUGUUAACAGGUUAAAAUAAUCUGGUUAUGUUAGCUUAUCUGGAGCUCCUUUUGGGGCUGUUGAGAAUUAUUGUUUCAUUUGAAUGAUAGAAAAGGUCAGGAUAGUAGUAUUGAUGGCUUUCCCUUUGACUCGGUUCUUAGGACCUCUUACACCUGCAUCCCGAGGGAUCCAUGAAGCCUAGCCGGGGGUUCAGCAAUUUUCUUAUUUAGCUACAGUGGUGGAAAUCACAAACCACCAUGAAUAUAAAUAAUCUCAGCUGGAAACUAAUGAACAAAAAUUUAUUAUAUGAGUGGAAAGUUCAUACCAUUGGCUCCUAUAAACAGCCCAAAUAUUACUGCAUACUUCAUUCAAAUGGUUUGUUUAUUAGGAAAAAUAAAUCCUGGGUGGAUUUUAGUUUAUAGCAAACUAUAAACAGUUUGAGAACCCCUGUCAUGGACAACCUAGAUUAUUUAUAAAAAUGUAACAAUUUGUAUGGAAAUAGACAACAACUUGGUCUAAUCUUUUCCGUUUCCCAUUUAGUUGCUGUAAAUUACAGAAUUUAAAAAAAAAAAAAAAAAAAAAAAACAUUUGUUAAAGAAAUUAACUACAUGAUAAACAUACAGCACCAGUUCAGACACACCUAAUAUAAGCCUUAUCUUUCCUAUUUUAUAAUGUCAAUGUAUUCUUUCACAGUGUUCAGUAGUAUGUUCUUACAAAGAAAUAUCUGACCUUCUUUACAGUUCUGUAAACGCCAAAUGACAUCUCU